UUGGCAAUCUUAUAACAUUGAACUGCACUUCAAUAUAAUAUUGGUUUGAUCAACAUUAAUGUUAUUUCAGGUCAAAUUGAGCAAAAUGUUCAAUGUCAAAACCUUGCAUUGUCAUAAAAAUAAAGUUUUUACAACCGAUAAAGCAAAAAAAUUUUUAAUUAAAGCCAUUGAACCAGUGUUUGGACUGCGUUUAACUGAUUUUUAUGAUGCAGAUGCAAUCAAAGAUUUAAAGCGAUUUGAAUCAGUUUGUAUUUCAUUCAAUAUUUUACCAAACGGAUUUGCUCAAGAUCAAAGUAUAACUCCAUCUAAAUGGACUAAAACCAGAUCAAUCCUCUAUUCUAGUCUAAUGAUUGUGAAUAUUUUUCAUCUAAUAUUGUUGAGUGUUUUUGAUUUACCACAAGAUUUGUCACUUAUUUUGGGUGACUUUUUUUACCAUCAUCCACGUCGAAGGUAUUUCUGGCUUUUCUGGACUAAUCUAACUAUUUUUGGUGAGGUUUUAAGACAUUAUUGGAUAUAUUUAUACAAAACAGGAGCACCGUUUUCAUUUCAUAUGCAUAACUUUGUUUACGAUAAAGGAUUCAAGCCUGAAGGGUUGUUCCUGAGCCAUUUUUAUUGUCUUAAAUAUCGUUUCAUCUCUUCUAAUUUAGCUAAUUUGUGGAUAAGGACAAUUAUAAUAUCUGGCAUAAGCAUGGGUCCAGUUUUAAUCAUUAUUGUUCAAUCAGCAUCUCAAGUACCUAAAACAUCUCAACAAUUUAUUUUCACUUAUUUCUGGCUUCUCACCACUUAUCUUGGACUUGUUAUUGCUUUGACCAACAUAAUGUUAACUGGUGCAGUGAUAACAAUUGAUUUGGCUUAUAAUUACUUUAGAGCUGCUACUGAGGCUCAGGCUGUGCGAAAUUUUGCGAAUAAAGGAGGAGUUUUGAAUAAACGUAUUUACUUGUCUGAAUAUAAAGAAAUCUCUGGACAGAUCAUUCAUUUUCAGAAUGAAAUUGAACAUAUAAACCUUAAAAUCAGAAAUUGGCUUAUAUUCUUGUAUCUUGGAGUGUCUUACAGUACAAAUUUUGGCUUUUACUUGGCAGCUAUAGUCCAUUUUGAUCAUGGACCUUUGGACAUCUUUAUUGGUUCUAUUUCUAUUCUUGGUUUAUUCGCUAUUGGCACUUGCUCUUAUGUUAAUGGUGUUAUAUUGACAAUGAUGCACUCUUGUGGUAAAAAUAUCAUGAAAGCCAACCGAUAUCUGCCAUUGGGUAUAAAGUCAUCCAUUAAGUAUUUGAUUGAAAAUGCAAGCUUAAUAAUGAUGUUUAAAGUAAACGUCAAAUAAAAUUAAGUAUUAAAUAUGACAAGAGAUUGAUCGGAAAGCUAUUUUUACUGGCUAAAUUACAGUCAAUCCACAUCAGAAAGACCCAAACCCACGACGAAAAAACCAGAAAACCAAAUGCCUAGCUUUUACGAAUUCAGAGCAUCUGUGUUGAAAUGAAACAAAACCAUUGCUGGCGAUGACCAUUAAACGGUUGAUGUUUAACCAGAAUUCAACCAUUCAUCUGUUAUUAGAAGGUUAAUCGUAUUCUAAUUAUGGUUUUGAGCGAUCACAAAUACUUGAAAAGGGUUGUGUUGUGAUUUCAAUUGAAUGAAUAGCUCUGAAUAGAGUCUAGGAAAUGACAAUUUUCUGGUAAAAAAUGAACAAGCUCAAUCAUUAGUAUAAAUCAUUUACUGAAAGUAAUUAUUGAAAAACUAGCAAAAUUGAUAGACGUCAAAAUACACAUUGUACAACAAAGUAUCAAAACAAAUGUAGUAAAAACUUGGGUUUUUCAUGGUUUGGGUGCUCUGAUUUUACCAGAGAUUUGAUUUAGUUUCUUAAACAAGUCAAUUGUUCAUUUUGUGAAAUCUUGAAUAAGAUGACUCAAACAGCGAUAUUAUCCGGUUUGACUUUGCAAUCAUGAAACUUGAACUAGAUUUACUGUUUACUGAGCUACUCUAAAGCUCUCAAUUUAUCUUCAACAAUCAAUCACCACUUUCCUACCAUUUCUUUACUGCAUGUAAACAAAUGUCAAGAUGGGAGCAAUUUGAAAUACAA